GCCGAUGCGAGUGUGUAUGUGCGGGCGAGAAGAUGGCGGCGGCGGGGGAAGCAGCGUGAGGAGUCGGACGAGCCCCGAGGCUCAUUGAAACGGGCCGCCAUGGCCCUCCGCAACCCGCAGUAUAUUUUUGGAGACUUUAGCCCUGAUGAAUUCAAUCAGUUCUUUGUGACUCCUCGCUCUUCAGUUGAGCUCCCACCCUACAAUGGAGCAGUUCUGUGUGGCACACGAGCUACCGAUGAGCUACCCGACGGACGAGAGUAUCAGAGAAUUGAGUUUGGUGUUAAUGAAGCGAUUGAGCCCAGCGACACUUCACCGGGAACCCCUGACUGCAGUAUUUCAAGCACACUGAACCCUCAGGCCCCUGAAUUUAUCCUCAGUUGCACACCUUCCACAAAGACCCCUGACGGCGUAGAUAAGGACGCGGCCUUCAGCCCCGCGGACUGCCUGUGCCCAGGCCCCGCCCUCGCCCUGGACGCCGGCACUGGCGCGGAGGUGGGGGCCCUAGAGAGCGAUGGUGUCGCGGGCGGUCUCGGACAAAGGGAGCGUAAAAAGAAGAAAAAACGUCCCCCAGGAUAUUACAGUUACUUGAAAGAUGGCGGCGAGGGCAGCAUUCCCGCAGACGCCCUGGUCAAUGGCCACGCCAACCCCGCCGUCCCCAACAGCGUGGGCUCCGAGGACGUGGAGUUAGCGGGCGAAGCGCCCCCCUUGGGGACGCCUAGGACUUGCGGCAGCCCUCAGGAUUGUGCGGACUUUGGCGGCGACGCCGUGUGUGGCGGGCCUUUCCCCGGGGCCCCCGACGGCCACGCGAGGACUGCAGGGCCGCCCGGGGGCCGCGGCGGGGCCGACUCGGAGCAGCCCUGCCUCCCCGCCGAGGCCGCCAGGGACAGCCUGUCCAGGACAGCCGUGGCCCAGCCUCACGUGGGAGCUCAUACUACUGAAAACCCUGCCGUUGCUAACGGACAAAUACUUGAAUCCUCUGGUGAGGGCCCAGCAGCCAAUGGGGUUGAGUUGCACACCGUGGACGGCCCGGACUCGGACCCCACCAAGGCCGAGCACACGUCCCCUGCUGCCGAUGCCCCGGCCUCCACGGCGGGCGCCGCCCCCGCCGGCCCGCCCAAGUCCUGGGCCAGCCUGUUUCACGAUUCUAAGCCCUUUUCCUCCUUGCCCGUGGCUUCUGUGGAAACUAAGCCUUCCCCUCCUGUCCCGGCCCCCCUGGCCUCUGAAAAGCAGGUCGAAGUCAAAGAAGGGCUUGUUCCAGUGUCAGAGGACCCCGUAGCCAUAAAGAUCGCAGAGUUACUGGAGAAUGUGACCCUAAUACAUAAGCCAGUGUCAUUGCAACCCCGCGGGCUGAUCAAUAAAGGAAACUGGUGCUACAUUAAUGCUACGCUGCAGGCCCUGGUCGCCUGUCCUCCGAUGUACCACCUGAUGAAGCUCAUCCCUCUGUACUCAAAGGUGCAGAGGCCUUGCACAUCCACGCCCAUGAUAGACAGCUUUGUGCGGCUCAUGAAUGAGUUUACUAAUAUGCCAGUACCUCCCAAACCCAGACAAGCCCUUGGGGAUAAAGUCGUGAGGGAUAUCCGCCCCGGAGCUGCCUUUGAACCUACGUACAUUUACAGACUCCUGACCGUGAUCAAGUCGAGCCUGUCUGAAAAGGGGCGCCAGGAAGAUGCGGAAGAGUACCUGGGCUUCAUCCUGAAUGGGCUUCACGAGGAAAUGCUGAACCUGAAGAAACUCCUGUCACCCAAUAACCAAAAACUCGCCGUUUCCAACGGGCCUAGAAGCCACCCCGCGCACGAGGACCCGCAGGAGGAGCCGGGCGAAGGCAGCGAGGACGAGUGGGAGCAAGUGGGGCCCAGGAACAAGGCCGCGGUCACUCGCCAGGCGGACUUCGUUCAGACCCCCAUCACCGGCAUUUUUGGUGGACACAUCAGGUCUGUGGUUUAUCAGCAGAGUUCAAAGGAAUCUGCCACUUUGCAGCCAUUUUUCACGUUGCAGCUGGACAUCCAGUCUGACAAGAUCCGUACGGUCCAGGACGCACUGGAGAGCUUGGUGGCGAGGGAAUCGGUCCAAGGCUACACCACGAAAACCAAACAGGAGGUGGAGGUGAGCCGCCGGGUGACGCUGGAGAAGCUCCCUCCGGUCCUCGUGCUGCACCUGAAGCGGUUUGUGUACGAGAAGGCCGGCGGGUGCCAGAAGCUUGUCAAGAACGUCGAGUACCCUGUGGACCUGGAGAUCAGCAAAGAACUGCUUUCUCCGGGGGUUAAAAGUAAGAACUUUAAAUGCCACCGAACCUACAGGCUCUUUGCAGUGGUCUACCAUCACGGAGGCAGCGCAACGGGCGGCCACUACAGCACGGACGUCUUCCAGAUCGGCCUCAACGGCUGGCUGCGCAUCGAAGACCAGGCGGUCAAGGUGGUCAGCCAGCACCAGGUGGUGAAGCCCGCCGCCGAGCGCACAGCCUACCUCCUGUAUUACCGCCGCGUGGACCUGCUGUAGCCGCCUGCGCGCCGUGUGCCCGCCGCCGCUUCGACGCCGUGCCCUCCGACCUCCUUCCUGUCCCCGGCGGCUCUCCGGACGGGGCCUCGCUGCCCUCGCAGAACGGGCUAGAGCGGAGAGCAGACGCCUGGGGCCUGUGCGCCACGGCUCACGUUGACGCUGCUUCCACACCCAAAUCACUCGGUUGAACCGGGCCGUCGCUUGAUUUAAGAAAACACACAGAACCCGAGUUUCCGAAAUAAUGCUGAUUCCUGAGUAAGAGGGGGGAGCUCGCAUUCGACUCCCAGUCUAAUUGCUUCAUAGAAUAAAUCCUGCACCAGCAACACUUGUAAAUUUGUGAAAAUGAAUUUUAUCUUUCCUUAAAAAAUAAAUUUUUUAAUCCCUCACACUUCCUUCCCCACCCUUUAGUUUUUGAUAAAUGAUAAAAAUGAGCCAGUUAUCACAGAAGAGAUAGUUCUUCAAAAGAAACAUAAAUACAAAAAAUAAGUUGCUGGUUCCUAACAGGAAAAAUACACUUUAAUAAUUGUGCGAUGAAAAGCUGCUUACGUGCACAUUGCAGAUCAGACCCCUUGGGGGAUUGUCAACUUUAUUGCCAUUAAAAGAUUUCCAAUUGCAUUCAUGCUUCUGUGUACACGGAUGAAACACGGGCAAAUAACGAAGGAGGCUCUUCCCUCAGGUCGCUCUGUCUAACCCUGCCGCCUGCUCCUCUGUGACGCCGCGUCUCUAACUGCGCAGCUGAGUGACCCCCAGGGUGCAGGUUGUCGCCCAUCAAUAAAAAUCACAACGUUGGUGUAAA